UCCCGCUCAGAGUAGUCACGCACGCGGUGGUUGGGAGCCAGAGCAGAAGCGGCGCUUGGAGCCCGUUUAGAAAGAACUAACUCACGUGGUGGCGGUGAGCGGAGAGUUUCAGAGUUGGACCUGGGUGGGACGAAUCCACGUGGACCAUGAAGAAGGAAAUUGCAGCGGUGGUCUUUUUCCUUAAAAGGCUUAUUAAAAAAGCGGAUAAGUUGGAAAUGGAGAAGGUGGAAAAGUUUGUAGAGCGACUGACGGUGGCACUGCAGGAAAAGUACAAGGGCCACUGGUAUCCUGAAAACCCCAGCAAGGGCCAAGCUUUCAGGUGCAUACGGGUGAAUAAGUUUCAGCAAGAGGACCCAGAGCUCCGGCGGGCCUGCAACGAAAGCGGGGUUCUGUAUACGGACUUGGGCCUUCCACGGGAGCUCACGCUUUGGGUGGACCCUGGGGAAGUGUGCUGCAGGUAUGGCGAGAAGAACUUUGCUUUCACGGUAGCGAGUUUCUCGGGGGAUGAGGAGGAUAAGGAGGAAGUCACUAAGAAAGUAACAAACGCAGUGGAGAGGGUGACGUCCGACUAUCACUCGGGCUCUUCGUCUGAUGAAGAGGGCAGCACUAGGGAAGCUUCUGUCUCUGCCUGCCCUCCCCCAGCUCGGCCUCUCUAUCAGCAGCUUGUGUACCCCAGCGUUCCAGUGUGGAACCUGUCACCAAGGAAGAGGAGCAGACCAGGACAGGGCCUUCCUCGCCACGUCUACAAAUUCCGUCCCCAGGGCAAGCUCAGCCACCCUUUAAGGCUCAACGGCUGGGCCCCACCUGGUCCUCGGAGUGGGCAGGGGUACUGGGGCAGCACGCCCAGUUUGAUGUACUGUUAAAACCUUCGUAGCAGAGCAGUGUUACAGCAACUAUUGUACAAGGAAGAACCACUACUUAAAUGUGUCCUUUUUAUAUGAAACCUCUGGAGUAUGUUUGUAGUACAAUUAAUGUUUGAGUAUUCUUUUUUUAAAAAAAAAAAAACGCUGUCUUUGCACUUUAAUUUUUGAUAGAAAUGAUGUGUAAGGUUUCUGCGUAUUAGAAAACUGAAUUUUUACAAAAGAGCUACAUACUGUAUUUAUAUUUAACAGGAUUAUUAUUCUCUAAAACUUGCUUGCUGUCCAUGUAUUGAUAAAAUGACCAAAUGUUUUAUUUAUUCACAACAUAGUAUAAAUUAUUGUUCAGAUUACUCAAAUCAGACACAUUAAACACUGUCUUAGACUGUAAAUGUUCUGCUCAUGUUUGAAAUGAAAGUUUUGAAUAUUUAUUAGAAUAAAAUGUGAAAUCAUGUAUGUAUGGAUUCAUUCAGACACCCCUCUACUUACUUAAAUCCGUAUUUACGUUAAAAAAAAUUCCCGGCAUACACAUUAUGUACGGAGAGUGCUUCUAUUUUACGCAAAACAUCUUAAAUACGUUACCCGCAAGUUGGCGUAACCAGACAAGGCAGGAAACUUCAUCUUCCCAAUUCUAGUGUGUUUUGAGCCGUGAAUGCAUCUCUUCUUGUUAGUGUAGUGCUUUUUUUGCAUAUUUUCUACC